AAUGUGGCGGACCAACAUGGCCGCGCUCAGGAGGGGAGCAGCGUAUUUAAGUUUCGUUAGGAGUUCUGCUCGUACCCUGUUCAGCAAAAAACCUGCAGUCCGUAAAGUGAGCAAAUGGACAAAUAUUCUGUACUCAGGUGUAGCGUCUUUAGCCAUCGGUGGUGGCCUAUGUGCGGUACCUUUUAAAGUGGUUGAAAACCUCUCUCAUGACUCCCUAAUCAGACGAGCAGCCUCUCUGAUGACAGACAGCUCGAGUACUUUCCUCUCACAGACCACUUUGGCUCUAAUAGAUGCCCUCACAGAGUAUUCCAAGGCUGUUCACACACUCAUUGCCCUACAAAGACGUUAUCUGGCCUCUCUUGGAAAACUGACUCCAGCGGAAGAAGAUGCAGUUUGGCAGGUCAUCAUUGGCCAGCGUGCAAAGGUUCAUGACGUACAAGAUGAAUGCAAGCGCUUUGAGUCGACCUGGGUCACCGCAGUGAAGCUGUGUGAAAUGGCAGCAGAGGCAUCAUAUGUGUCAGGAGCGGAGCAUGCAUCCAUCACAGUGAGGACAAACAUUCAGCUGGCCCAGUCGCAGGUGGAGGAGGCACAGAAACUUUCGUUGGAUGCAGAUAAAAAGCUGGCCGAGACUAAAGUGAUGGAGGUUGAAAGGAUGGCUAAAUAUGGUGCAUCCUUAGAAAGUAGUGAUGACGAAGAGGAAGUGCCUGAGGCUUAUCUCAGAGAAGAUUGAAACCAGUUUUCACAUAUAUCCAAAUUCAUUAACUUCUAUCAUCUCUACACUACCUUUUAUAUGACGUUUUAUUAAUUCAUAAUGCAGUUCAACUGCAGCUAUGAAAAAGUAAAAAAAUGAUUGUAUCUCUAUAACGUAGAUCAUACUUUAAAGUGUUUGGCCAUCUAAGAUUAUUUACUGGAUUGAAGACUGUGUUUUUGUUGCACUGUGUCCUGCUUUGUGACUUGACCAGGACCAGGAUUUGUCAUGUUGUUUCUUGUUUUCUGGAAAAAAUAUUAAAGGGACUAGUGGGUUGCAAUUUG